UGGUAGCGGGGGGAAUUAUCAGCCUGUAAACUGGAUGUGGAGGAAAAAAGUGAGGAGAACAAAGAAAUCAGAGUCUAUUUAAAGAGAAGUCGCCUCGGAUCCUGCAGCCGUUUGCACCUCUCCGCUCUCCGCUGCGCCUCAGACCUGCCUCCCUUUGCGCACCUCCAGCUCCGGACGGAUAGCGGCCAGGAUGCGGACUUCUCUGCUUCUCUGCUGCUGCGUGUUCGCGCUGCAGUGCUUCCAGAGCUCCAUGUGUGCUCCGGUGCGAGGAUCCAGCAGGUACAAAGUGGCACCGGUCUCUGAAAAGUUCCCGGAUCUGAAGAAGAGAGGAAAAGUUUCUCAUGCUCAGGAUCUGGUCAAGGAGGCGAGUUCGUCGACCAACCGCUCAAACUCGUGGAACCGACCUCGGUGCGGCGUACCGGACUUCCCCAACCAGAAGGAGGUGCACUACCGGGGGCGACACCGCCAGAGACGCUUCGUCCUGCAUGGAGGACGUAUGGACAAGACGGACCUCACCUACAGGAUCGACCGGUUUCCCUGGCAGAUGAGUGAGCAGAAGGUUCGGCGAGUCUUCGGGGAGGCGCUGAAGAUCUGGAGUGACGUCACACCGCUCACCUUCACCGAGAUCCACAGCGGGAAGGCUGACAUCCGCAUCAACUUCGCCAGCUACUGGCACGGAGACAACCUUCCCUUCGACGGUCCGGGUGGGAUCCUCGCUCACGCCUUCUUCCCCAAAACGCACCGACAAGGCGACAUUCACUUCGACUACGACGAGUCCUGGACCCUCGGAAACCACAUGGGUACAGACCUUCUCCAGGUUGCCGCCCAUGAGUUCGGGCAUGUCCUGGGCCUGCAGCACUCCCGUGAGCCGGGAGCCAUCAUGUCCGCAUAUUAUUCCUUUUCCUACCCGCUGAGGCUGAGCGAGGAUGACAAGCAAGGCAUCCAGUACCUGUAUGGAGCUCAUCCGCAAGUCCUGCCCUCGCCGCCGCCACCAGCACCGCCGCCUUCAAACCCAGAGACCAACGAGAUCAUCACUAAUCCCGACGCCUGCCAGACGGACUUUGAUGCCGUGUCUAUGAUCCGAGGGGAGCUGUUCUUCUUCAAGGCGGGCUACGUUUGGAGGAUCAGGGACGGGCAUCUGGAGAGCGGCUACCCAGCGCUGGCGUCCCGUCACUGGAGGGGGAUUCCCGACAACAUCGACGCCGCCUUUGAAGACAAGUCAGGGAAUAUUUGGUUCUUUCAAGGUGAGAACUACUGGGUGUUCGACGCUGAGAUGCAGAUCAGGGGUCCGGAGUCCAUCAGGAAUUUGGGUCUGUCGGUGUCGGGGAUCCAGGCAGCGCUGCGCUGGGGCCACGACUCCAACUACAACACCUACUUCUUCAAGUCAGGCAGCUACUGGAGGUUCAGCCCCUGGCAGAACCAGGUCGAGUCGGUCUACCCUCGCAGUAUGCAGGACUGGAGCGGCAUCCCCGACGACGUGGACGCUGCCUUCAGGGACAUCUACGGCUACGCUCACUUUAUCCGAGGACGACAGUACUGGAAGUUCGACCCCGUUGGCAUGAACUCUUUGGAGGGCUACCCUCGCUACAUCGGCAUGGAUUUCUUCGGCUGUAGAAGCGUUUGAACGUUUUAAUCGUUUUCGCAUUCAAGAGGACGAGACCUUUAAAUCUGUUUAUGCUUCACUCCAUUUAUUGAUACUCAGAUCAAUUACACCUUCUUCUCAGGAAAAACCAAUGAAGCUCCAGCAGCAGCAGCAGCAGCGAUGGCUCACAGCUUCACUCAGGAGUACUUUCAGAUCCCUGUGGUGACUCGAGCGUACACAACCGCCUGCGUCCUCACCACCGCCGCCGUGCAACUUGAGGUGAUCACCCCUUUCCAGCUCUACUUUAACCCAGAUCUCAUCAUCAGGAGAUACCAGAUAUGGCGUGUGAUAACCAGCUUCCUGUUCUUCGGUUCUCUUGGAUUCAGUUUCGUGUUCAACAUCAUCUUUCUCUAUCGAUACUGUCGGAUGCUGGAGGAAGGAAGUUUCCGGGGAAGGACAGCAGAUUUUGUUUUCAUGUUCCUGUUUGGAGGAAUUGUCAUGUCUCUGUUCGGGCUCUUCACCAACAUCUUCUUCCUCGGUCAGGCCUUCAUCAUCAUGCUGGUGUACGUCUGGAGUAGAAGACACCCGCUGAUUCGCAUGAACUUCUUCGGCCUGCUGAGCUUCCAGGCUCCCUUCCUGCCCUGGGUGUUGAUGGGAUUCUCACUGCUGCUCGGGAACUCCAUCGUAGUCGACCUCCUGGGUAUCAGUGUGGGUCACAUGUAUUAUUUCCUAGAAGAUGUGUUUCCAAACCUGCCUGGAGGAAGGAAGCUGCUGAUGACUCCAGAACUGCUACGGAUGAUGUUCGACCAACCGGAGGAUCCAGACUAUCGUCCUCUUCCUCAGCAGGACGAAGAUCUGCAGGACGACGAGCAGCAAAACUGAAAGCAGGAAUUCUGGAGGACAGUAAAGAUGGACAGAUCUGAGGAGGAGCUCAGAGGAAUAAAUCACACAAAAAGUUCACCUAUGGAGCAAUAAUUUAUGUUAAUGAGGAAACAGCAGCACAGAGAGGAAGAAAAGUCAAAUAUUCAGAAAAUAAAAGUUAAACUCACCUUUAGGUUGCUGUUGAACGAGUCGGUGUUUGAUGUCAAGCUGCAGUUUCACAUCUUAAAGAUCGGUAGUUUAGAAUAAAAAAGUAUCAGAAUAAAACCCUGAGAUCUGAGACUGAAUAACCCUGAAACAUUCUCACAAACACUCACAGGUCACUGCAUUAGAUACACCUGUUGAACUGCUCGUUAACACAAACCUCUAAUCAGCCAAUCAGAUGACAGCAGCUCAACGCAUUUAUUCAUGUAGACGUGGUCAAAAUAACCUGCUGGAGUUCAACCUGAGCAUCACAACGGGAAGAAAGGAGACAAAAAAAGCAACAAAGAGAUUAAAAAUGACGAAACAUGAGACAAAAAACAAGAAAAAGAGACUGAAAAUUACAAAAAAAAACAACAAAGAGAUUGAAAAUGACAAAACCAGACAAAAACAAGAAAAAAGAUUAAAAAAUAGACGAAAAAUGAGACAAAAGGCAAAAAGAUAGAAAAUGACCAAAAAAAAUGACAAAACAUCUGGAUAUCUUUUUGGACAGGUGUGUAGUCAUUCUGGGCAGAAUUUUGUCAUUUUGGACAUGUUUCUAGUCAUUUUUGGACGUUUCUAGUCAUUUUUGGACAUGUUUCUAGUCAUUUUUGGACAUGUUUCUAGUCAUUUUUGGACAUGUUUCUGGUAAUUUGGACACGUUUCUAAUCAUUUUGGACAUCAUUUUGUAGUUAUAUGGACAAAUUAUGUCAAUUAUGGACCAGAUUUAGUCAUUUUCCUGGUUAAAUGUGAGUAUUUGUGACAUCUUUUUGAUGAGUAAUUUUGAGUGACAAAGAGAAACAGAUCCAGGGUAGCGAUGACUGUUUCUGUCAUGAAACCUGCUCAGCUGUUGACCUGAAAGCAGCAGCUCUGACCUCUAGCUGCCGCUGCUUUCAGAUCUGAUGACGUCUGCACUCUUUCACCUGCUGCCUUUUGUGGCUCUGAAUAAAUAGAAACUGCUGCGUCCAACAAACAGACCUGAGAGUCCAAACAGCAGCUUCAAACUCCUCGUUUCUCCUACAAAUACCAGGCAGAACCGGGAGUUUAGGAUUUUCCUUCAACGAUGAGAAAUCUGACAUAUUUAAGUAUAAUUUAACACCUUCUAUACAUUUAAACUGCAGCUUUUAUCUGUGAUUCAUGAGUUCACCUCCUGUUAGGUUCAUUUCUCAGCAGCAGCAAACCAACAAAUCCCAAUAAAUAUUAUUUAUAUCUCAUUAUUAACUCAAUUUCUGUUAAUGUUUAGUCUUUUAGUGUUCUACCUCUCACAGAUCACGGUUCAGUGAGGAUAAUUCACUCGUUUUUCAAUAAAAAUGCAUGUUUUUUAAUAUACUUUGGAAGGACCUACAUAUAAAAUACAACAGUUUUACAUGAUGUUGAUUUAUUGAAAAUUUUAUGUUACAUUUUGGAAUUUUUUUCUUUUUAUGGACAUGAUAAAUUAACACUUCCUCUGUUCAUAGUAUAAAUAUGUGAAAUGAAACAUUUUAUACGUUGAUUACACUCUUUAAGCCAAACAGCAGAAGUUUCAGGGUCAGUUUCACCUGGCAACAUGACAGGAGGGUUAAACGCUGGUUUACUCUGACAGAACACACAGUUUUUAUAUGUAAACCUGCAUUUUCCAAUAGAACAUUAUAGCUCACUGCAUAUUCAGUGA